UCCCUGACCAUCCCCCAGUCACAGAGAGAUGUGGAUCUCAAUCAACAUUUCGGUCUGCAGGUUUCAAAAGACUUUGACCUGGAACCCCCCCACAACACCAGCAGUCAAGAUGACCUUUCUUUUGAUCAUGCUGGUUCCCAACACAUGAGCCAGGCAGAGUUGUCCCUCUCAGACAAUCUAGGGCUCGGAUCUCAUGGCCAGCAAGACUUGAAUCUCGAAGCCUACUUUAUAUCUACCUCGGAACGG